AUGAGCGGUUACACAUUAACCCUAAUCCCUUUUGUAGUAUUGGUUUGGAUAAUAUGUGGCAAUCACGUCCAAGUCACUGCAUGCAUCACAAACAGAUACGAGGUUCAUGUAACGAAUAAGCUCCCUCCAAAAUCAGCUCCGUUGAAGCUGCAUUGCGCAUCGAAAAACGACGACUUGGGAAACCAUAUCCUGAGUCUGAAUCAAGAGAUUCAUUGGAGUUUCUGCGACAAUUUCUUUUGGAAUACUUUAUUCCACUGCGGUGCUUCGUGGGGUUCCAAAACGUGCGCCUUCAACGCUUUCAAUGAUCACUGGAAUGGUAGAUGCGAUACUGGUUUCUGCUAUUGGGAAGUCAGAGCUGAUGGCUUUUAUAUGUCGAAACACAAUGAUGAUCCCACCUCGUUUAACAAGUACGCUGACUGGAGUAAUUAG